AUGAGCGAUGAGGUUGGGGCCCUGGUUUUCGAUUUUGGUUCACAUUCACUGAGAGGUGGGUUUGCUGGAGAGGACAGUCCGAAGAUUGAUAUUCCUAGUGUAAUCGGCAUAAUUCCAGAACAGGAGAAGAAGCCCAAGCGUGUCAUGGCAGGACACAAUAUUAUGGUAGCAAACGAAAAAAUGGAGUUAUCUAACUUUAUGAAAGAUGGUCUUAUUGAGGAUUUUGAUCAUUUUGAAAAUGUUGUUGAUUAUAUGGUUAAAUUCCUUACUCCUACUGAAAUCACAGAACAUCCUAUUCUUUUUUCUGAGCCUGCAUGGAAUACCAAGGCUAAGAGAGAGAAGGUUACGGAAAUACUUUUUGAGAAAUUCAAGAUACCUGCUUUUUAUGUCGCCAAAAAUGCUGCUCUAACCUGUUUUGCUAACGGUAGGCAUACUGGCUUGGUACUUGAUUGCGGAUCUACGUACACUUCUGCCAUUCCAGUUUAUGACGGAUUGGUUCUUUCUCAAUGCAUCGUUAGGUCUCCACUGGCUGGAGACUUCAUAGUUCGUCAAGCCCAGAGGUUACUUGUAGAUGAGUUCAAAGUUGACUUGGUCCCUUAUUACAGAGUUGAAAGCAAGGCAAGUCUUCUGAUUACCAUAUCUACCAUUACGAUCCACAGUUUUACCUCCAGUUUCUUUGAGGAGGUUGUUAAAGAUCGCGAGCCCGCCCGGUGGAAGGAAAAAAAGAAUCUGCCCAAAGUCACCGAAUCUUAUGAUUAUUAUAUGACCAAGCUUCUCCUCCAAGACUUUGUGGCAUCAGUUCUCCAAGUAUCCGACGACAAAUAUGAUCAGAGUCAGGCCGAUACCUUUCCUAUGAUUUCUUAUGAAUUCCCAAAUGGAUUCAACAUUGAGCUAGGUCAUGAAAGAUUUCACCUUCCUGAAUCACUUUUUGAUCCUUCCAUCCUUCCAGAAUCAAAGGGAAAUUCAAUGUUCUCUAUGAGCCAUAUUGUGGCCAGCAGCUUCAGUCUUUGUGACAUAGAUAUACGUCCGAGUCUCUACGGCAACGUUGUUGUUGUUGGGGGAACUAGCUUGAUCAUGGGAUUCACAGAACGCUUACAGCGAGACCUAAACCUAAAAACUCCUCCAAGUAUUCGACUGAAAGUAAACUUCUCCAGUACUGUUCCUGAAAGACGCUAUUCAAGUUGGAUUGGUGGAUCUAUUCUCGGAUCACUGGGCACGUUUCAGCAAAUGUGGAUUUCCAAACACGAGUAUCAAGAAAUGGGGAAAACUUGUGUGGAAAAGAAGUGUGUGGGUUGA